GGCUCGGCUUAAAAACCGUCCCAGCGCUGCUGAUCGCCCCAGACCAGCUUCGGGAGAACAAGAAGCGAGGAGCUCCGGGCACCGCUGGCCGCCCACCCGGAACCCCCCCACCCCCCGCGCGCGGCCCUGGCCUCCCAUCAGCGCCGUGAUUCCGCAGCUGAUCGCCUUUUUCCGGGGCUCGGCGGGCGGCGGGUUUUGGAGCCUGCAGGCCGGUUGCCGGGGAAACGCGCGAGCGGGUCCGGGACCUCGCGCCCCCGCGCCCCCUUUGGUCCCCGCUCCACCUUCCGGAAGGUGCGGGACCCGGCCGCCGCCACCUGUGAGCAGCAGCCCCGGCAGGAGGCGCCUGCCGCCCGCCCCGCGACCGCGCAGGGUCCCGUCCCGAGGGCGGCUCCACCAUGAAGCCUAACUUCUCCCUGCGGCUGAGGGUCUUUAACCUCAACUGCUGGGACAUUCCCUACGUGAGCAAGCACCGCGCCGACCGCGUGAAGCGCCUGGGAGACUUUCUGAACAUGGAGAGUUUCGACCUGGCCCUGCUGGAGGAGGUGUGGAGUGAGCAGGACUUCCAGUACCUGAGCCAGAAGCUGCUGCCCACCUACCCGGCUGCACACUACUUCAGGAGCGGCAUCAUUGGCAGUGGCCUCUGUGUCUUCUCCAAACACCCAAUCCAGGAGUUUGCCCAGCACAUCUACACCCUCAAUGGCUACCCUUACAUGAUCCACCAUGGUGACUGGUUCUGCGGGAAAGCCGUGGGACUGCUGGUGCUGCAUCUGAGCGGGCUGGUGCUCAAUGCCUACGUGACCCAUCUCCAUGCCGAGUACAGUCGACAGAAGGACAUCUACCUGGCACACCGUGUGACCCAAGCUUGGGAACUGGCCCAGUUCAUCCACCAUACUUCAAAGAAAGCUGACGUGGUUCUGCUAUGCGGUGACCUCAACUUGCACCCAAAGGACCUGGGCUGCCGCCUGCUGAAGGAGUGGACAGGGUUGCGAGAUGCCUACCUGGAGACCCGAGACUUCAAGGGUGCUGAAGAAGGCUGUACAAUGGUGCCUGAGAACUGCUACGUCAACCAGCAGGAGCUGGAGCCGUUUCCCUUGGGCAUCCGCAUCGACUAUGUGCUCUACAAGGCAGUCCCUGGGUUCUACAUCUCCUGCAAGACUCUGAGAACCACUACGGGCCACGACCCUCACAGUGGCAGCCCCCUCUCUGAUCACGAGGCCCUGAUGGCGACGCUGUGUGUGAGACACAGCCCUCCCCAGCACACCGCCAGUCCCCCCUGUGGACCCACGGAGUGCUCACCACUGACGAGUGUGCUCAGGGAGGCCUGGGCGGAGCUGGACCUGGGCAUGACCCACGCUCACUGGUGGGCCAACCUCGCUGGCUACGUGGUUGGCCUAGGGCUGCUUCUCCUGGCGCUGCUGUGUGCCCUGGUGGCUGGAGGAGAAUUCAGGGAAGUCGCCAUACUGCUCUGGACCCCCAGCGUCGGACUGAUCCUGGGGGCAGGUGCAGUCUACCUCUUCCAUCUGAAGGAAGUCAAGGCCUUAUGCAGGGCACAGGCUGAGCUCCAGCAUGUGCUGAGAAGGGCAAGGGAGGCCCAGGACCCGGGUCCAGAGUCUCAGCCAUCCCUGUUCCUGGGGCAGCAGGAGGGGGACAGGGUUGAGGAACAAUAAAACACACUUUUAUGGC